CUUCACUUACUUACGUGACGCGAAAUAAUAACAACAAUCAAAUUUGAAUGGCACGUAAGAAAACUACGUUGAUAAUUUUACAGUUAAUAAUGAUCACUGCUUUCGGAAGGAAGGCGGAGCUGAUGUCAUUUUGCAAUCUGUCCAAAUAUGGUCUGGCGUUGUUUCGUAAAUAAUACCGAAACCAAGUAAGUUAUCGCGCACGCUGUUCUUCUGGGAUAGAGCUCUAGCUCUUGCACCCCAGCCAAAACACUAACCAACACACACAAAUAUGGGAAACUUGGAUUCUGUGAGUGUUCGUCUGUUGUGUUGAUAUUUUAUAUCGCCGGCCGGUCGAGCACCACGUGAGUCGCACGUUUCUGUUACUGACACUUCGGUACAAUGGGUACAGAAGGUACCGGACAGCUUGCAACCGACGAUGCAAAAGCAAUCAAAGAAGAAGGAAACAAACUUUUUAAGGCGGCAGAUUACAUAGGUGCUCUGGAGAGGUACACGCAGGCUUUGAAACUAUGCGAUGAUCACAGUACGAGAGCCACACUUUUGAGCAACAAGGCCGCUGCUAAUCUUAAGCUCGAGAGGUACGAAGAUGCAUUGGAGGACUGCACGUCAGCGCUGGAAAUAACGCCAUCAGACGUGAAGGCUCUCUUCCGUCGUAGCCAGGCCAAUGAGGCUUUGGGAAAGGUUGACGAAGCCUUCAAGGACGCUCGCAAAGCCCUGCACAUUGACCCGAACAACAAAUCUCUGCAGGUGACACUGCAGAGUCUGAGUGCCAGGCUGCAGGACAUUGCAAAAGAACAGAGCAGCACGAUUAAAAAGGUCGAGCAGAUGUUGAGCGUCAUAAGUGAUCCAGGGACGUCCCUUGACCUGAAGCAACAGGCUGCCAACAACCUCGUCGUCAUUGCCCGCGAAAAAGCCGGCACGGAAAUCAUCUCGAAGGACAGGGGACUCAGCCAGUGCCUUGCAGCAAUGCGGAAGCUAAAGGAUUCCCAGUUUUCUCUGUCCUGCAUCAGGAUGUUCGGCGAAUUGGCAAAAAAUAAUGCCGACCGGGCGUUGAGUGUCGUCGAAGAAAUGGGUCUGCCUUGGAUCCUCGACGAGAUGGUCACCAAGGAUGAGGAGCACAUAACGGCAGUCCAGUACCUCAUCCAGACCAUCAUCGGUGCGCUCACCGGAAUGGAUCCCAAAGAGGGGAAGAAGCCAGACAAGGAACUUAUGAAAAAAUACGAAAAAGAGGUAGACGCCAUCAUGACGGCACUCGUCAAGAAGGUAUCCAGUCGCGUGAUGACCGCUCAGGGCCGCGACGCCAUCCUAGAGCUCAUCAUGAAAAACGUCGACUAUGAAAAUCUCAACUGGGGAAUGAAGCUCGUCGACGGCGACGGGUUAGCGGAGAUCCUGGAAGUGGCAAGCGAGUUAGAUGGCAUACGUUACGAGAGCAGCAUGGACAUCACGCCAAACACGAGGCCAAACUGUUCCGUCUGUCUCGAUAGGAUCUACUUCUGCAUGGACUACGACAAGGCUAAAGAAAAGUUCCGCGACAAGGUGGAUGACUUUGUGACGGCAAAGCUGAGCGAACCUGACAUCGAGAGCAAGAUAAGAGUAGCUUCUGCCAUCACAGCUCUCCUAAUGGGUCCACUCGAUGUCGGAAACCACUGCCUUGCGGGACGAGGAGUGGUAGAAAUGAUGUUAGCAAUGGCCAAUUCAGACGACGAGCUGCAGCAGAGGGUUGCAGCGGAAGCGCUCAUCGCUGCAGCUUCGAAGAAGGACAAGUGCACCAGCAUAAUCUCCAUGGGGAUGGGAAUCCUCAGGAAGCUGUAUGAGUCCAAGAACGAUGCCAUCAAAGUCCGAGCGCUGGUGGGCCUCUGCAAGUUGGGCUCCUUCGGAGGAACAGACAGCAGUGUCCGACCCUUCUCCGAGGCCACGUCCCUCAAACUGGCUGCUGCCUGUAGAAAGUUCCUGGUGAAUCCGCAGAAGGACAAGGAUCUAAGAAAAUGGGCUGCGGAAGGCCUGGCGUACCUGACUCUAGAUGCCGAGAUCAAAGAGGACCUCGUUGAGGACAAGGAAGCUAUUCAGGCCCUCAUAGAGAUCGCUAAGACUGAACAAAAGGCAGUAUUAUAUGGCGUUGUCACGACGCUGGUCAACCUCACCAACAGUUACGAGAAGCAAGAAGUGAUUCCGGAACUCAUCGAGCUCGCAAAGUUUGCGAAACAGCACGUUCCAGAAGAGCAUGCCCUGGACGCCAGAGAAUACGUGGAGAAGCGCAUCAAGUUGCUCGGCGAAUCUGGUGUCACGGUGGCCCUGGUGGCACUCUCUGUAACCGAGAGCAACAACAGUAGGGAAAUGAUAGCCAGGGUAUUCAAUGCCAUCUGUGAACAGCAGGAGCUGAGGGGACAUGUGGUACAACAAGGUGGCGCAAAGGCCCUCCUAAAGCUCUCAUUGGAGAACACAAAGAACGGCAAGCUCAUCGCAGCUCAGGCCCUUGCACGACUCGGGAUCACCAUCAACCCUGAAGUGGCUUUUCCAGGACAGAGGGCUGUGGAAGUUAUCAGACCCCUCCAAGAGCUGCUGCAUCCGGAAUGCAGUGCUCUGCAAAACUUCGAGUCCCUCAUGGCUCUUACAAACUUGGCUUUGGUCAGCAACAGCGUUCGGCAACGCAUGAUCAAAGACGGAGGAAUCACGUCCAUCGAGUCUUACAUAUACGACGACCAUCCCAUGCUUAAGAGAGCUGGGAUGCAGUGUAUCCUCAAUUUGAUGCAAAGUGAAGAGGUCAUGAAGAUAUUUGAGAAAGGUGACCGGAUCAAGUACUUGACUUUGUGCCUCGACGAGGAAGACUACGACACAAGUCAGGCGGCCGCGGGCACCCUCGCAAUGCUGACGUCUGCCAGCAGUGUUGCGUGUCAGAAGAUGACUGAGGUCGCGGAAUGGGACGUUUCGCUGGGCGGACUGGCAGCCAGCAAGGACGAAGCACUGCAGCACCGCGGAAUCUGUAUUCUCUUCAACCUGGUUCACUCAAGCAAAGAAAUUGCGGAGAAACUUGUCGACACAAAGCUACUCGAAGUCCUCAUGGCUGUCACCCAGGUUGAGGGGACAGCAACCAACGAGAACGUACGCUCUCUGGCGGAACAGACGCUCAAGAAAGUCGAGGAGUGGAAGUUGAUUCAAAAGCAUGAAGAAGGUGAUGCUUCUGACGUUGAGUGAUCUCCGAAACCUUGUCACAGCUCCCGCCGUUGAUGAGAAACAGUCAGCGAGUGUGAAAUGGGCUUGCAUUGUCUUCCCUUAUAGUAUUGUGCAUAUAACCGUUCAUCCAGCCACUUAUGUUUCUAAUUAUUUAUGAUAAUAAAGACUUCAAUUAAUAG